CUGUCCACACGUGUGUUAGUGUGCGUGUCUCCGCUCGUGUCUGUACACGGUGCGCGUGUGUGUGUGUGUGAGGCGCGGGGCGGCCGGCCGUCAGCCGUCAGACGCGGCGCGACUCCCGCCGUGGCCGGUCGUGCCGAGCGCGUGUGUGUGUGUCGUGCGUGUUACUCGAUGUACGUACUCGACAUUAUAUCGAACAAUGUUUUAAUCCUGUCGGUGUUUCCUCAGCUGGUGGGUGCUCCGUGCGGUCACCACGGCCAGUACACCUUCUACAAGGCGCUCCGCCUGUCGGGUCCCCGGGACAGGAUCGUCGCUAUCGGGGACUUCUUCUUCGUCAGGAUCUGGCAGGACUCGGAACUGGUCUCCAUAGGCGAGCUCCAGUUGUUGUGGACGGACCGCGUGUCGGACCAGACGCUGGUCUCCCUGAGGCUGUACUUCCUCCCGGAGAACACGCCCGACGGCAGGAACGCGCACGGAGAGGUGAGGAUUAGAAGAAAAGGAAAAUUACUAAUGACUAACUCUACUAUAACCAUAUGA